AUGUCUCCCGCGAACUACGACGGCGACCGCGAUUUCUCCUUCAGCGUGCCCACCUUGCCACCCGCUCCAGUUUUCAUCUGUCUCACCGACAAACCACCUCUGCGUUUGUGUUCAUCUGACAGAGAACCAAUGGGAAGUAAACGAUGGGUUGUUCUGGACGAUCUAGACGCGGAAAUCACAUAUGAAGGACCAUGGUUUACCGUUUACGACUCGUUCAGCACCUCAGGCGAAAACGGACCAACGUACAUGAGUAGUAGCCACGGGACGAAUGGGACAGCGAGGGCUACGUUCAACUUUGACGGUUCUACAAUGAUACUUUAUGGAGGGAGUGACGUUCGCAACUCAUCUGGCCUGCUCGAUCCAACAUGGGACUGUCUCGUCGAUGGUGUUAGUAUCGGAAGAUCCGGACCCUCCCCCUUCGGCCACCAGAAUAAUUGGGAGUUGUGUUUGUUUGACGGGCCUCAGGGGAAGCAUAGGUUGGAGGUGCAAAUUGUCUCGCAAGGGCGGACAUUCUGGUUGGACCGCAUUAUAUAUGUUCCUUCUCCGAGGUCGAAGGUGCAGAGCCCAGUGGUGAUGCUCCAGAAUGGCGAUCCUUCGAUCAAAUUGGAGGGGAAUUGGACGUCGGCUUUGAUAACAGCUGCGCUAACGCAUGAAGAAGGGUCGAUGGCAGAGGUCGAGUUUGUAGGCAAGUCCUCAGGGACUCGAUUAACCUGGGUGGGCUACAUACCGGGAGAGUUCCCCGGCAAUCCAGCGAGUGGUACCUACGCCAUCGAUGGAAACGAGCCGACGACUUUCGCCCUGCGUGGACUCCUUCCUCAGGGGGACCCGCCUGAAAUCCUGCCGCUGUAUCACCAGACUUUCAUUCAAACGCCGGAGCUACCUCUCGGGCCUCAUAAAGUCACCGUGGUAUACCAUGGGGACGCCAGCGUGACCCCACUCACGCUUUCGCACAUCUACAUUCAAGACGGAAACGUCACCGUUCCAGCACCUGGCGAAACAUCGAUCUUUGAUGCCCCAGCGCCAUCCGAGUCGUCACCGGGAGCGCCAAGUUCACCUUCGUCCUCAUCUCCUGAGCCAUCUUCACCACCCACAACUGAUCGAGCGUCAAAUACACCGAAUGGUAUGUCGGUGGGAGCAAUCGUUGGGGGAGCCGUUGGAGCGCUAUUCUUACUCAUUCUGUCUGCCUUCAUGGUGGUCUACCUACAAAGGAGGUAUUCGAACUCGAAUAGCCCGAGUCGGGUGGAGAGUGGUGCGCCAAGCUCAAGUGCACGUCCUGAACCAUUCGAUGUCGCGCCUUGCUUUUCGGAAGACGAACACCGCAUCCCUGGAGUGCGCCCACUCGUUUCGUACCACCCUCCAGUAAAAGGACGGGUGGUAUCUGUGUCGGGCAUUCGAGCAGAGCGCGACGCAUCGGCACCCUCUGGCGCGUCGAGGAGUCAGGACUCUGCAGCUCAGGGAGGGAAUGGCUUGAUAGGGUCGGGGCGGGGAUCUGGAGUUUCUCCUCGUGAGGGUAGUGGCGCAACAGUGCCUUCGGAGGCCGUUGAUGUCCUACCGAUGUAUUCGGUUAUGUGA